CUUAAGGCUCAAAGGACUCAGAAGAUAAAUAAACCCCAUGUAUGCAGUGAAUGUGGGAAAGACUUCAUCAAGAAGUCUCGCCUUACAGAUCACCAGAGAGUUCAUACGGGAGAGAAACCUCAUGGGUGCAGCAUAUGUGGGAAGGCCUUCUCCAGGAAGUCCAGGCUCACUGAACAUCAGAAAACUCAUAUAGGAGAGAGACGGUAUGAGUGCACCGAAUGUGACAAAGCCUUCCCCAAGAAAUCACGGCUACUCACUCAUCAGAAAACUCACACAGGAGAGAAACCCUACAUUUGCGAUGAAUGUGGAAAAGGCUUCAUCAAGAAGUCUCGGCUCGUUAAUCAUCAGAGAGUUCACACAGGAGAGAAGCCUCAUGGAUGCAGUCUGUGUAACAAAGCCUUCUCCAGAAAGUCCAGACUUAUUGAACAUCAGAGAACUCACACGGGAGAAAAACCUUACGAAUGCACGGAAUGUGACAAAACCUUUCGCUGGAAAUCACAGCUCAAUUCCCAUCAGAAAACUCACACAGGAGAGAAAUCGUUUAUAUGCAGUGACUGUGGGAAAGGCUUCAUCCAGAAGGGCAAUCUCAUUGUACAUCAGCGAACUCACACGGGAGAGAAACCUUAUAUAUGCAACGAAUGUGGCAAAGGCUUCAUCCAGAAGGGCAAUCUCCUUAUACAUCAACGGACUCACACUGGAGAGAAACCCUAUGUAUGCACUGAGUGUGGAAAAGGCUUCAGCCAGAAAACUUGCCUUAUAUCCCAUCAGAGAUUUCACACCGGAAAGACUCCCUUUGUGUGUACCGAAUGUGGAAAAUCUUGUUCCCACAAGUCAGGUCUCAUUAACCAUCGGAGAAUUCACACAGGGGAGAAGCCCUAUACGUGCAGUGACUGUGGAAAAGCUUUUAGGGAUAAGUCGUGCCUCAAUAGACAUCGAAGAACUCAUACAGGAGAGAGACCCUACGGGUGCUCUGACUGUGGGAAAUCCUUCGCCCACCUGUCAUGCCUGGUGUACCAUAAGGGAAUGUUGCACACCAGGGAGAGAUGCGUAGGUUCCGUCAAGUUGGAAAACUCUUUUUCAAAGAGUCACAGCUCAGCUCAUUCGAGUGACAGAGUACAGGAGAAAACCCCUGUUGAUACGGUGACUGUUCAGAUGCCUUCAGUGGCAGGUCAGAUUUCAUUACACAUCAGUGGGUUCCUAGCGGAUCAGAACGUGGCCACUGUGGGACCGCCAGAUGCCAGAGGCGCAGCCUCAGCAGAGAAACCUUAUGAAUGCAGAGAAUGUGGUAGUACCUUCAGUGACCAGUUAUGUCAUAUUGUGUGUCUCAAAAAACACACAGGAGUAAACUGUGAUACAAUCAAGGCGGAAGACCUUUAA